GUCUGAAUCUUUAUCGUCAGGAGCGAUCCUCCACAACCCUUUCUCGCUCAAGUAUAAUACGACUUCCGCUAUCUCAACCAAUGCGAAUGCCCAAAGUCCCCUAAAGCACCUGCAGGCAUAUUCCAGGCCAAGUAGAGGAUAAGGCGGCAUAGUGGCCACAGUUAAUAGUUAAUUGGGAUUUUCUUUAGAGACCGCAAAGAAAGGGUUUGCCGACUGCAGGGUUGGUGCUAGGAUGUCCGGCAAUCCACCAUUCGGGGUGGCUUUCGUUGGAGCUGGAGAAAAGUUGCGUCAUACUAAGAGUGCUUCAUAGCUCCCCUCCUUGCCAACAAAUGGUGACCUCCUCAGCCUGGACCCGACGUGUUCUACCUCAGCUAGCAAAUCGCAAGGCUACCAGAAACACCAUAGUCACAGGCACCCGAAGCUUUGCUAUUUCUGCAACUCCACACCCGAGGGCUAUCCUCCUGCGACACAAUCUUCGCGACGAGCAUACCCACCAUCACCCACCGCCGUGCAGCUCCUGCACCGUCGACCCUAACCGGCUUUCUGCAUACGCACAACACAGGCGAAGGGGUCUUUCCGGCACCGCUUCUCUGAGGAUGGCGACAGACGACGAAUACAUGGACUUCCUGAACAAGGCCAACGAGGAUCCGGGCCAGGGCUCAGCCUCGGCCCAGACACAAGGGGGCCAGGCGAAGAAAGAGCUCAAGGCGGCAGACCAUGGGGUGGACAUCCCACAGCCACUGGUCAAGGCCACCAAGGAUGCCUUCUACAUUUCUGAUUCAGACGAACCAUUCGUGCCUGUGUCGCUGGCGUGGGAGAAGGGCGAGGGCUUGCCAGAUGAGGAGGAGAUUGCCAAAUUGGUCGAGCACUGGGAUCCUGCAAAGGCCGAGGUUGAAAUCCUGGACCCGGUCGAUUGGGACAGAAAUGGGCAGUACAAGGAGGUCAUCGAUGCGGUCAGCGAGGCCGGCAAGGGCAAUGACGUUCGAGUAUACCGUAUCGUCAAGGACAAAUCGAGAGUGGAAUAUUUUGUGGUGACAAGGGCAGGAGAGGGUAAAGGCGCCAGGCUGGUAGGCGUCAAGGCAUUGGCGAUAGAGAGCUAAGAUCGACGGAUUCCAAGCAUUCAGAGACCUUUUCAUAAGCGUACGAGCGAACUCAAUUGGACCACCACCUACAAGUUUGCAA